CGAGUCAUUCUUUUAUAAAGCAGGGAGUAAGGAAAACUUAAACAACCUACCAAACACUAGGGAAGUUGUUUUAUCUUGCAGACAUUACUGAAAAAUUAGAGUUUCAAACAUGAAUACCACAAAUAAUGGUGACCGAUUGAAUGGUGCAGCUGAAGCAGGUGAUAUAGAUCUCCUUUAUACAGUAAUUCAAGAUGAUCCAUUCAUUUUGGAGAUGAUAGAUUUAAUACCAUUUGUUGAAACUCCUUUGCAUAUUGCUGCAUCUAUGGGUCAUCUCCAAUUUGCCUCCGAGAUUAUGAAGUUAAAACCUUCAUUUGCUUGGAAGCUAAAUCAACAAGGAUUCAGUCCUAUCCAUCUUGCUAUGCAAAACAACCAAAACAGUAUGGUUACUCGCUUUGUGAACUUCAAUAAGGACCUUGUUAGAGUUGAAGGAAGAAAUGGCAUAACUCCUCUUCAUUUUGCAAGUCAAAUUGGCGAGGUUGAACUUUUAGCUAAUUUUCUCUUUGCUUGUCCGGAAUCUAUUGAAUACUUGACUGUGAGGUUUGAGACUGCAUUGCAUAUUGCUGUCAUGAAUGAACAGUAUGAGGCCCUUCAAGUGCUUCUCGGCUGGCUCAAAACAAAUAAACAAAGAGGUGCUGAUUUGCUGAAAUAUAAAAUACUAAACCAGGAGGAUGAGAAUGGCAAUACUAUCUUUCACAUUUCAGCGCUAUAUAGUGAGCCACAGGCGCUUCAAUUGUUGAUAAAGACUUUUUGUCAAAAAAAUAAAUUUUUGAAAAAGACUAGGAUAAAUUUGUGCGCCAAGAACUUGGAAAACAAAACAUCAUUAGACAUGGCAGUGACUAGAGAGAUCAAGAGUAUAUUAUCAAGUGUUGGAGCAAAACCUGGCUUGGAAGUCACCAAUGCACCCACACUUGCACAUAAAUUGAAAUCAAAUACUACGUUGAUGAGUAGUAUGUUCCUUUAUAUAGUCGGCCUUAGAAACGAUAUAUCAGAGGAGCAACGCAACACUUGGUUGAUAGUUGCGACUCUUGUUGCAACUGCCACCUUUCAAUCAGCAAUGUCUCCACCAGGUGGAGUUUAUCAGGUUAAUGCUAGUGACAGUAGUUUGAACAUCACGUCCACCAAUUCUACUAUUUCUACCGGGUGGAGUUUAUGGGGAAAUACUGGGAAAUCGGUCUUGCCAGGAGCUUAUUUCGAUAUAUUUGUAUAUCUGAAUAUGCUUUCUUUUUCCCUAUCAACUAUAACAAUAUAUAUUCUGAUCCCAACUGGUGGAAGAUUAGGCACGCUAGUAUUCUAUCCAGUGACUUCAUUUGUGGGUUGUUAUCUCUUUUAUUUCAUCGUGAUAGCACCUACAGUUGUUCACAUCUUUUCGGUUUUAUUUCUGGCAUGUUGGCUUGUAACAUUAUUAUAUGUCUCUCUAAUUGAUUUCGGUGCAGCGUUAAGAAACUGAAUAGAUCAUAACAUUGUUUCAAUAAUGGAAACGCGAAUCAAAGGUUAUUGUCACAAGAUAAAUGAUGGUACGAAUGCUAAUGAGAUCUGCAACUCAAAACCACUUCUGGCCAAAUAAACAAACAACAAUAUAUCAACGUUGGUUUGCAAUUUACCUUGUCAUUGUUAUCAUUGUUUCGGGGCAAGGUGCUUUAUGUUCAGUUCUUUUCUGCUGUUUCUUGAGGUUUGGGGUUUUCCUUCGGGUGUUUUAUUUUUGCUGGCUUGUAUGGCCAGUAUUAUGCCUUUCUGUGCUCCUGCCGUGUUACACAGGGAGAGUUUUGUAAGAAAUAGAAUAUAAAAUGGGUAUGUGACCAUAGCUUAACUUUAACCAACUCCAAACCAAUACUAAAAUAUUAGUAUAUCUUUUUGAUUAA